AUGGACACAGGGAACUGGAGCCAGGUAACAGAAUUCAUCAUCUUGGGCUUCCCCCAUCUCCAGGGUGUCCAGAUUUAUCUCUUUCUCUUGUUGCUUCUCGUUUACCUCACGACUGUGUUGGGAAACCUGCUGAUAUUCCUGGUGGUCUGCCUGGACUCCCGGCUUCACACACCCAUGUACCACUUUGUCAGCAUUCUCUCCUUCUCAGAGCUUGGCUAUACAGGUGCCAUCAUCCCUAAGAUGCUGGCAAACUUGCUCAGUGAGAAAAAGACCAUUUCAUUCUCUGGGUGUCUCCUGCAGAUCUAUUUCUUUCACUCCCUUGGAGCGACAGAGUGCUAUCUCCUGACAGCUAUGGCCUACGAUAGGUAUUUAGCCAUCUGCCGGCCCCUCCACUACCCAACCCUCAUGACCCCAACACUCUGUGCAGAGAUUGCCAUUGGCUGUUGGUUGGGAGGCUUGGCUGGGCCAGUAGUUGAAAUUUCCUUGAUUUCACGCCUCCCAUUCUGUGGCCCCAAUCGAAUUCAGCACAUCUUUUGUGACUUCCCUCCUGUGCUGACUUUGGCUUGCACUGAUACGUCUAUAAAUGUCCUAGUAGAUUUUGUUAUAAAUUCCUGCAAGAUCCUAGCCACCUUCCUGCUGAUCCUCUGCUCCUAUGUGCAGAUCAUCUGCACGGUGCUCAGAAUUCCCUCAGCUGCCGGCAAGAGGAAGGCCAUCUCCACGUGUGCCUCCCACCUCACUGUGGUUCUCAUCUUCUAUGGGAGCAUCCUCUUCAUGUAUGUGCGGCUGAAGAAGAGCUACUCACUGGACUAUGACCAGGCCCUGGCAGUGAUCUACUCAGUGCUCACACCCUUUCUCAACCACUUCAUCUACAGCUUGCGCAACAAGGAGAUCAAGGAAGCUGUGAGGAGGCAGCUAAAGAGAAUUGGGAUAUUGGCAUGA